AUGCGUUUCUCCAUUACCUGCGCCGUGGCUUUCGCCGCUUCCUUGGUCUCUGCCACCCCUCUUGUCACCCGCAACCAGGUUUCUUGGGACUUCCCUGAGGAAAUGCUCGCCAAGCGCCAGGACGUUCCUGCCCCCGGUACCCCCGCCUAUCUCUGCCACGAGAACUGCGGUACCUCGAUCACCCUGUCCCGCGAGGCGGGCUACUGCGAGAACUACCAGUGGAUCGCCAGAUACGACGCUUGCCUCCAGUGUGCGAACGCCCAGAACGUUUGGCAGUACUACGGCACCUCCGUCACUGCUGCUGCCGCCGCUUGCGGUUUCACUGCCGUUCCGGCUAAGCUCUAG